AUGCAGUCCAAAUUGAUCGUCCUUGCCGCCCUUGUUGCCAGUGCUUCGGCAUUCGCCCCUGCCCCUGUCGCUCCCCGCGCCACCGCUCUCUUCAACGAAGAACCAAAGAUCGGUGCUGGAGGUAUGGCUGAUACCCGUGACCCUGAUGCCUUCGUUGAUGAGGAUCCCCGCAAGAGUAUCUCUGAGGCACCCAGUUUCGAGGAAUACUUGAAGCAACGUCAGGCCGAAGGAAACUAA